AUGCUUAUCCUGAGCGUGCCGGGUCCCGCUGCAGACGUCAACACGGCGCGUCAGCUCACAAGCGGAAGGGUACCCGACGCGGGCCAGAUAGACACGUCGGCGCUGGUCGGAUGGCUGGGAACCUUCGCGGCCAUCAUCAUCUUCGGCUGCUACGGCAUCCUCCUGAAGACACCGGCCAUCAAGGAAGCGAACGUCGACUCCAUGAUCUUUCAGGUGUACUUCUCCAUCGGGGUUGCGGCCUGCUCGCUGCUGAUCUGGGCGGCGGCUGGUGGCGCUAAGGACCCGGUGCUGAGUUGGCUCGGCUUUGUCUUCGGGGGCAUCUGGAUCGUCCAGCAGGCACCCGCCGUGCAGCUUGUGGGCUACGCCGUGGGCCCGGCCAUUUGGGCGGGUCUCACCAUCCGGAGGGUGUAA